ACACGUUUUGUGAGAAUGGGUUUGUCAGGAAACCACGCCUGUGCCUGAAGUUUGCCCCUCCCUCUAGCCAGCGAAGUGUGCUGGAGCAGUUUGUAAUUCCUCCGCUUAGCAAGUACUUGCAGCUGUCUGGUGCCUGUCUCAUACCAACACUGAAUAGAGCAUGGGCAAAACCGUGAGAACAACCCCGCAGAGCAAACUUUGAAAAGGCGAAGCCCGGGACUGCAAGAGACGCAUGCAAUCAAAUACCCAGCUCGCGAUCGCAGGAAUUUAAAUUAAAAAUAAAAAAAAAAACAUAGAUAAGGAAUGUGGGACUCUAAAGCCAGUCAAUGUCGACACAGCUGCCCUUUGCAGACACCAUGACAACAGACUUAAACUUUACUUCACUUCUGAAUAUUUCUGAAAUACAGAACCACACCAGGGGAUGUUCACUUACAAAGACUGGUUUCCAGUUUUAUUACCUGCCGACUGUUUACAUAAUUGUGUUCAUUACUGGAUUAAUAGGAAACAGUCUGGCGAUUUGGAUGUUCGUGUUUCACAUGCGGCCGUGGAGCAGCAUCUCCGUGUACAUGUUCAACUUGGCGCUCGCCGAUUUCUGCUAUGUUCUCUCUCUCCCUUUUCUGAUUUUUUACUAUUUCAACAAAACGGACUGGAUAUUCGGGGAUGUACUGUGCAGGCUGCAGCGCUUUAUUUUCCACGUGAACCUAUAUGGAAGCAUACUAUUCCUGACUUGUAUCAGCGUGCACAGGUACACGGGAGUGGUGCAUCCGCUCAAAUCUCUGGGCCGGCUAAAGAAAAAGAAUGCUAUCUACACCAGCGCGCUGGUGUGGAUCGCCGUGGUGGUUGGAAUCUCUCCGAUCCUGUACUAUUCCCGAACCGGGUUCAAGAACAAUGGAACUACCUGCUAUGACACCACUACAGGGGACGAACUGCAAGGGUAUUUUAUAUACAGCAUGUGCACCACGGUGUUCGGGUUCUGUAUCCCUUUCAUUAUCAUCCUUGGCUGCUAUGGAUUGAUAGUGAAAGCACUGAUAUGCAAUGACAUGAGUAACGCACCUCUAAGGAGGAAAUCUAUUCACCUGGUAAUAAUAGUAUUGGCUGUUUUCGCCGUUUCGUAUUUACCUUUCCACGUAAUGAAGAAUCUAAAUAUGCGAGCCAGGCUGUACUUUCAGGGUCCGGACAUGUGCGACUUUAAUAACAGGGUGUACGCCACCUAUCAGGUGACCCGGGGACUGGCAAGUCUCAACAGCUGCGUGGACCCCAUUCUCUACUUUUUAGCUGGGGAUACGUUUAGGCGAAAGCUAUCCAGAGCCACUAAAAAGACCCCUAGGAAAGGGGAAGACGUCCUCCGCUCCAAAAGUGAAGAAACUGCGCUCAACAAUUUACCGGAAUACAGAGAAAAUGGGGACAGAAGUCUCUGAAUAUGGGCAUUUCCACCAUUCAGUUUUUUUUUUCUCUUAAAAAAAAAACAAAACAAAAAAAACACGAUCCUUCUGGCGGCAAAACAAGUUGAGCCGGACGCACUGUCAGGGUCACCCACCGCCGUGACCGUAACCACCAUUCAGGACACUGUGGUUGUGUCUUCUGUAUUUGAAAAAGAAGCAUCUUCGAGACACAUAUUAGAAAAUGCUGAAAACGUACAGCACUUCACAGGCACUCUACCUCCAAAUGGAGCUCAGAAAAUCAAUGAAAAGGGAGACGGGAAACAGGUGAUAUUGUCUGUAUUAAUCAACGUUUUGGUGCGCAGACCUUUUUCCAGACAUACAAGAUGCAAUGGUACUUUAUUCAAAAAUGUUUGAAUUACUUAAAAAUAUGGGUGGGAAAAAUGUUUUCUCAAAUCUGAGUCUAGCCUAACGUCAUGUAUGGCCAAGCUAAAUUAGUGUGUCAAGAGUGGGUGAUGCACACAGAUUUGACAUUUCUAACUGAGCUGGUGUUGUAAUAUGCCUAAUUCAUUUCUUGUGAACACCAUCCCCCUUUUCGUAUAUCCCACGUUACUGUAUCAGAUAAAUUUUCAUAAACUAGUUAAACGUGUUUUUCACCCCCCCCCCCCCCAUGUGUCAGUUACCUGGAAGUGUUUUGCUGCAGCUAAAUCUCAAGGACGUAAAGGUAAUAGGUCUAGCAUACUUAGGUUUAGCAAAGUUGUGUUUUCUGUUUCUCAGUAUAUGCAAUUAUUGUAUGAACACAGAAGGGAAAAAGACACAAAAUGAAUGCUUAAUUAGCAUCCAUUAACCUGUUAAAUCAUCUUAAUGAGCUCUUUGUGUGAUCUUGGUAAUACAAACAAAGCACUAAUUUUAUUUGUCUCUCUGCCAUAGAUUGAACAUUAAUAUGUUCUCAUUUGAACGUUUGUCUGUUGAUAGGCCUGACAGAUAUGCACCGUAUGCACUGCAUAUGUCUUUGUUUCAUUAAGGCUUUUGGUCGUUACUGGUCGAGUUUUUAUUCUUUCUUUUUUUCUUUUUUUUGUUGGUAGAUGCAUUCCUGAAUGGGAUAUAAUUAGUGGUACAUUAUUAAUGUUGACAUUUAAUUUCAUAAACAAGUGCAAUACAGUCUAUGACUUCAUUAUAUGUAUGCCUCCUGCACUGUGUACCUGUCAUUUAGCCUACUGUACAUGACAUAUGAAGGGUCUGGGCAUAUUAAUCCCAUACAAGUAUAUCAGUAUACAUGAUUUGUAAAGCUAUAUGGUGCUUUGGCAAGCAUUUUUUUGUUUUUGUUUUAACUUGUCUUAACAAUUUUUGAGAUUAAUAUAAAUGAACUGUUAAAUAUUGCAUGUAGUCAGUGUUAAGCCAUGAGAACUAAGGUAAAUUAACAUCCCCCACCCCCACCCCCCUUGUUUAAAGUGUUGUCUGCAUGUAAGUCACAGUGCAUGCCAGGAACAGAAGUGGUACGUGUUUACCACUGAUCUAUACAUCAGCAUAGAUCAUUGCUCUGAGCUUGUACUUUGGCCGAAUGUGACUAAGUGAAUAAAGUUUUAUGAAAACACA